GACACCGGGAGUGAGGAAAGCAGCUCUCGUCCAUCCCGCCUCCGCCCUGGCGCCGCCGCCUUCUUACCCCGCCCCUAGCUGGGCUCCGAGUUCGCUCCUCCUUUAGAACGUGGGUCCGUGCGCUGGGGCUCGGCAACCCCGGCCAAAGAGUCUGUAGCCUCAGCCUAGCCGCUCUGUGUUGCGCUGUUUCGUGCGGCGCCGCAGCGGAUCCGCUGCAGGAAGCCCGGGCUGCUUGGUCCCCACGCCACCCCGGCCCUCGAGGCGGAACAGGGAGGCAGCAGCAGGCUGGGGAGCCCUGAGCCGGCCAGGUGGAGCUUGAGGGGAACAUGCUGGGGUAGCCCCGUUGAAUGGCGCCUUCUCCUAGACCUCUCGCCAGGCUGAGGCCACCGGAGAUGCUGCUCUGGGGCGUCCUGGUCCUCCUCAUCUCCGGCCCAGGAGUCCAGUGCUUUAGUGAAUUGUUCUUUAUGAAAGAGCCACAGGAUGUAACUGUCACAAGAAAGGAGCCAGUGGUUUUGGAUUGCCAGGCACAUGGAGAACUUCCUAUUAAGAUCACAUGGCUAAAAAAUGGAGCCAAAGUUUCUGAAAAUAAACGGAUUCAUGUUUUAUCUAAUGGCUCUUUAUACAUCACUGAGGUAGAAGGCAAAGAAGAAGAACCAUCUGAUGAAGGAUUUUACCAGUGUUUGGCUCUGAACAAAUAUGGGGCCAUUUUGAGCCAAAAAGCUCAUCUGACAUUAGCAACCAUCUCCACAUUUGAAAUUCAGCCAGAUUCAAUUGAAGUCCAAGAAGGAGGGGUUGCAAGACUUGCCUGUAAGAUUACUUCACACCCUCCUGCUAUCAUAACUUGGGAAUUAAAUCGAACAAGCUUACCAUUGGUUAUGGACAGGAUAACAGCUCUGCCAUCAGGAGUGUUGCAGAUCUAUGGUGUUGACCAAAAAGAUGCUGGAAAUUAUCGUUGUGUUGCUACUACUGUAGCCAGUAGACAUAAAAGCAUAGAAGCUACUGUAACUGUCAUCCCAGCCAAGGAGUCCAAGUCCUUCCACAAGCCAACUAUUAUAGCAGGUCCACAGAAUAUAACAACUUCUCUGCAUCAAACUGUUGUUUUGGAAUGCAUGGCUACGGGAAAUCCUAAGCCAAUCAUUUCUUGGAGCCGUCUUGAUCACAAGUCCAUUGAUGUAUUUAAUACUCGAGUACUUGGAAAUGGUAAUCUCAUGAUAUCUGAUGUUAAGCUGCAGCAUGCUGGGGUAUAUAUUUGUCGUGCCUCUACCCCUGGCACACGGAAUUUCACAGUUGCCAUGGCAACUCUAACUGUACUAGCUCCUCCUUCAUUCGUGGAAUGGCCAGAAAGUUUAACAAGGCCCCGAGCUGGCACUGCUCGUUUUGUAUGUCAGGCAGAGGGAAUUCCCUCACCCAAAAUGUCAUGGCUGAAAAAUGGAAGAAGGAUUCAUUCAAAUGGAAGAAUAAAAAUGUAUAACAGCAAAUUGGUCAUUAACCAGAUUAUUCCUGAAGAUGAUGCUAUCUACCAAUGUAUGGCGGAGAAUAGCCAAGGAUCUAUUUUGUCCAGAGCCAGACUGACUGUCAUAAUGUCAGAAGAUAGACCCGGUGCUCCAUGUAAUGUUCACGCUGAAACUAUGUCAAGUUCAGCCAUCCUUUUGGCUUGGGAGAGGCCACUUUACAAUUCUGACAAAGUUAUUGCUUAUUCAGUACACUAUAUGAAAGCAGAAGGUUUAAAUAAUGAAGAGUAUCAAGUAGUUAUUGGAAAUGAUACGACCCAUUAUAUUAUUGAUGACUUAGAGCCAGCCAGCAAUUACACUUUUUAUAUUGUGGCAUAUAUGCCAAUGGGAGCCAGCCAGAUGUCUGAUCAUGUGACUCAGAACACACUUGAAGAUGUUCCUUUAAGACCUCCUGAAAUUAGUUUGACAAGUCGAAGCCCCACAGAUAUUCUCAUCUCUUGGCUACCUAUCCCAGCCAAAUACCGGCGAGGCCAAGUUAUACUUUAUCGGGUGUCCUUCCGAAUCAGUACAGAAAGCUCUAUCCAAGUUUUGGAGCUUCCGGGAACCAUUCAUGAAUACCUCUUGGAGGGCCUGAAACCUGAUAGUGUCUACCUGGUCAGAAUUACUGCUGCAACAAGAGUGGGUUUGGGAGAGGCAUCAGUAUGGACUUCACAUAGGACACCAAAAGCUACAAGUGUGAAAGCCCCGAAGUCUCCAGAGUUACAUUUGGAGCCUCUGAAUUGUACCACUAUUACAGUGAGGUGGCAGCAAGAUUCUGAAGACACAGCAACUGUUCAGGGUUAUAAGUUAUACUACAAAGAGGAAGGGCAGCAGGAGAAUGGGCCAAUUCUUUUGGAUGCUAGUGACUUUCUUCAUACUCUCAGUGGUUUAGAUCCAAGAAGGAAAUAUCAUGUGAGGCUGAUGGCAUAUAACAAUAUGGAAGAUGGUUAUCAGGCAGACCAAACAGUCAGUACUCCAGGAUGUGUUUCUGUUCGCGAUCGUAUGGUUCCUCCACCACCACCACCUCAUCAUCUGUAUGCAAAGACUAAUACCUCAUCUUCUAUCUACCUGCAUUGGGGGAGGCCUGCAUUUACCUCUGCACAGAUAAUUAACUACACCAUCCGCUGUAACCCUGUGGGCCUUCAGAAUGCUUCUUUGGUUCAGUACUUCCAAACAUCAGAAACUCAUAUGUUGGUUCAAAGCCUAGAACCAAAUACCAAAUAUGAAUUUGCUGUUCGUUUGUAUGUGGAUCAGCUUUCCAGUCCCUGGAGCCCUGUAGUUUACCAUUCGACACUUCCAGAAGCACCAACAGGCCCACCAGUUGGAGUGAAGGUGACUUUGAUAGAGGAUGACACUGCUUUAGUUUCUUGGAAACCCCCUGAUGGUCCAGAAGCAGUUGUGACUCGUUACACUAUCCUAUAUGCUUCUAGGAAAGCAUGGAUUGCUGGAGAGUGGCAAGUUCUACAUCGAGAAGGAGCAAUAACCAUGGCUUUACUGGAAAAUCUGGUGGCGGGAAACGUCUACAUUGUGAAGGUAGCGGCAUCCAACGAAGUGGGAGAGGGACCCUUCUCCAAUUCAGUAGAGCUCUCAGUUCUUCCGAAGGAAACCUCUGAAUCAAAUCAAAGGCCGAAACGUUUAGAUUCUGCUGAUGCCAAAGCUUAUUCUGGCUAUUAUCAAUUGGACCAGAAGUCCAUGACUGGCAUUGUUGUUGGUGUUUGCAUAGCCCUGACUUGCAUCCUUAUCUGUAUCCUCAUUUUGAUCUAUCGAAGCAAAGCCAGGAAAACAUCUGCUUCUAAAACUUCACAAACAGGAACUGAGCAGUUGUCUCGAACCAGUGCCUCAUUAGCCAGUGGAAAUGAGAUGAGAAAGAACCUGGAAGGAAUUGUAGAGAAUGAAGAAUCCUUACUACCGAUGAUAGCACAAAAUAACUUCAUUGAUGCAAAGGGUGGAACUGACCUAAUUAUUAAUAGCUAUGGUCCCGUAACAAAAAGUAACCCUAAGAAGAAAUGGCUCUUUUUUCAAGACGCUAAGAAGGUGAAAAUUGAGCAGCCUCAAAGAAAAUUUGUUCAAACAGUCUGCUUUUAUCAGCCAGGCACUACUGUAUUAAUAAGUGAUGAAGACUCCCCCAGUUCUCCAGGCCAACCAACCAGUUUCCAAGUGCCCUUUGGGAUUACAGCUGACACAGAACAUUCUGCAAAUAGUGAAGGAAGCCAUGAGACUGGAGAUUCUGGAAGAUUCUCCCAUGAAUCUAAUGAUGAGCUCCACCUCUCUUCAGUCAUAAGUACCACGCCCCCUACCUCUAAUUCCUUCUUAGGCAGUGAUGCAGGUGGAGAUCCUGCCAUGAAUAAAUGUGAAGACACUCCAAUGCAGUUGGUUGCUGAGCAGAUUUCUACCUCAUCUUUACAAUUACAGUCUGCAAUGCUGUGCUUUGAUAAAAAUGAGUUUCCAGUCUAGACAGCCAUGCCAGACAUGCUCACAGUAUAUAUGUCUGUUCGAAGGACAAUGAACAGGAAGCCAAAGCAUGUUGUGAAAGUCCUGAUGUCUUACUGGGUGUUUUUGAUAUUUUUGUUGAAUGUCUUUUUGUUUAUUUUCAAACUGACUUGUUUUGAAUGUUUUAUUGUCAGAAAUGUGAAAAGGUCAAGAUAUCUGACUAGAGUUUAGAAUAUAUCACUGGAGCAAAGAGGACUUUUUAAGCCCCUUUGCUGACUAUCUACCUCAGUUUGCCAAAUGGUGAACUCUGAAGACAACUAAUUGACCUCAUUUGUGUUAUAGUUGAUUUCAGCUAUGUAACCAAUGAUACUUCCUACUAGCGUUUUUUUUUUAAUUGCUGUAUGUGUAAUGUGUUUGAUUGAAGGAGUGAUAGGUGGAAGAGUUAGAAUGUUUAUCUGAAGCUCUGACUUUUUAACAAAUUAUAAUAACUACAUAAUUGAGAUAAUUCAGUACCUCUGACCAGGAGAAGUGCUGAACCAUUUAAUUGGGGGUUGGGGGAAGUGGGAUCAUUUUUAAUCACUGGUAAAAAAAAAAAAAGACCUCUAUUGAAAUAACAGAAUGUGUUUUUUAUUGCAUGUAUCAAAUUACAUCUUUGAAGGCAUUUAGGAUUUGCCUUUAGAGCCUGAGUAUACCCAAAUAACCCUCCCAGAGCUGUGCCUUUGCAGUGUGCCCUCAAUGUUGUUCAAAAGGCUACACUGUCUGCAGCCUGUCCAUAGAAGUAUUUCACAUUCAUCGUUCUCGCAGGGUUAACUGCAAAACUCAUUUUUGAGAAUGAAUUCUUUUAAGUUUGUAGGUUGUUUCCUAAUUCUGGCUUGGCUUUGAAUGAAUGAGGAAACUUCCCAAAGGAUCAGGAUGAACACCAGUAGACAGUAAAAUGAACUAUUAAAACAUCACUGUAACGGUGCCUUCCAUUAUUUAGUAUGAAAUUCUUUGCCUUAUGCCUUGUCAAUUUUCAUAAAGUUGCUUAGGACAGGAGCACAUAAAGUUGCCUUAAGUAUAUACUGAAUUUUAUGGAUGCUUUUUAUUGUAAAGUACAAUAGCUCUCCAAAAUUACAAGUAUUCAGAGCUCUAUCCAUUUUCUUGAAUUAUUUAGAGAAAUCAGUACUAUUUCUUCCUUCAGUAUCAGUGCUGUUAAUGAAGAGUGUUAACUUCAGGGGGAGAUUUUUAUCCUCAUGCUGAUUUUAAAUAGGCAUACAGUCUAUACAGUAGAGCGUUAUAGAGAGUAUUGGGUCAUAAGCGUUUAUUGAGCUUUGUACUAAACACUACCCCAAGCAGCAUAAGGGGAUUUUUUUAAAUGACAUGGUCUUGAAAUGGUUCCCUAUUCCUUUAGAGUUACAAAAAUUGUCUAGAAAUUACUUUGGGGCCUUAUUUUAAGAAGAAUUUUAUAUUUGAAUCUCAUUAAAACCUUCCCUGAAUAAAUAGGGUUAUUGUCGGGUAGGAUUUUAAAAUGAACUGGAGGACCCCCUCUCCCAUUCUAUCAUUCCCAAACAAUGAUGUGGACAUAUUUAUUGGAUUAUAUACAGUUGUGUGCCAAAAUGAAUAUGCUUAAAAGCAAACCAAUUUUAAGCGGUUUUGCAAGACAACUGCUUUUAACUCAAAUUCAGAGCUUCCCUUAAAAGAUCAUUUAAAAUGCGGGCUUCCUGAAGAAAUGAAAAAGCAGAGCUUUAGGUGAACAGUCUGAUGCAAAGAUAAAUGCUGCUUCUGCCUUUUACAGCUCCUGUUUUAUACUACCUCCUUUUAAAGUUAUUCUAGUGUUAUUUUUUUUUCCUGUACUCAGGGAACAUUGUGUUGCUUUUGAGCUGCCUCAUGAAAAUGUGGGCAAACUGACAGGGUAUGGUGUUUUUUGCUUUUUAAAUAGGAGCAGCAUAUAGGGCCAAAUUUACCAGUGUCUAAAAUUAUGGAAUAUAAUUAGAUCUUUUAAAAAAAUUUUAUAAACAUUAUCAAAAAGCAAACAAAAUUCAAAAGCUUUUAAUUUUUAAAAGCUAAAAAAUAGCCCAUCAAGAUUAUGGAAUGUGCAUCUAGGAAUGGUUUGACUUGGAGCUAGUGUUAAAGCCUAAGAAACUAAUCCAGAGUCCUUGAAGAAAAGGAUUUUGUUUGUUUUUUUGAUAAACCAGGCCAUAGUUGAUACAGAUCUUUAGGCUGUUAACUCUUUGCUUAUUAUGUACCAGUACCUUUUUUCUUUUACAUAUUGUUGCUAG